CACAUAUAUAAAAGCUGCAAGGAAGAGUGUUUCGCGUCUUCUGGAGGAUUCAAUCAUCGGCGGAGAACGAAAAUGGGAGUUUUCAGGCUUCACCAGUACCAGGUUGUCGGAAGAGCUCUCCCGACGGAGAAGGAUGAGCAACCUAAGAUUUACAGGAUGAAGCUCUGGGCUACGAACGAGGUUCUUGCCAAGUCCAAGUUCUGGUACUUCUUGAGGAGGCAAAAGAAGGUGAAGAAGAGUAAUGGACAGAUGCUAGCCAUCAACGAGAUCUUUGAGAAGAACCCAACAACGAUCAAGAACUUUGGAAUCUGGCUGAGAUACCAGAGUCGUACAGGUUACCAUAACAUGUACAAAGAGUUCCGUGACACAACUUUGAACGGAGCAGUGGAGCAAAUGUACACCGAGAUGGCAUCAAGGCACAGAGUCAGGUUCCCUUGCAUUCAGAUCAUCAAGACAGCUACAGUCCAAGCCAACCUCUGCAAGAGAGAGAGCACUAAACAGUUUCACAACAGCAAGAUCAAGUUCCCUUUGGUCUUCAGGAAGGUUAGACCUCCCACCAGAAAGCUCAAGACCACCUACAAGGCUUCCAGGCCUAACUUGUUCAUGUAGAAUCUCUCUCUCUUUUAUCAUAAGGUAAUUUGACUAUUUCAUACUUUUUUCGAGGGAUCAAAGUUGCUGGUAUUGUCAUUUUAAAAUUUUGUGGGUAGAAUCUUGAAGUAUUAUUAUGCAUUAUCUUGGUUUUGAUUCUGGAUUUUCUUGUUUUAUCUUUUAUUAGUUUUUGCACUCUUGAGACUUUAAAGAAUUCAAAUUUUCUU